AAAUAAACAACGUGUCGUGCUACUUACCUAUAGCUACUAGGCUACGACGUAACGCACUGCGAAUAAUUCCACCGAAAUUCGGUGCCGAAUGUCUGACUAAUGCGGAUUCGAUGACACGAUUUAGCGUCAAUCCGCGUGCAGAUUUAUAUAUUCCGCGAGACCUCACAAAAUCAAAAUGACAUCCGUACUUCCUCCUGGGCUCGAAGGAAACCUCAUAGAAUAUGUUCAAGGGGGAGAGGGAGACUGGCUACCAUUCGACCAGAAGCGCUUCUAUACCAACGCAUUCGUUAUCCAGGACGAUAAGAUUCUUCUCGGCUUCAAGAAACGUGGAUUUGGCGUCAACAAGUACAAUGGAUUUGGUGGCAAGGUGGAACCAGGAGAGACGCUUACCGAUGCUGCGAUGCGCGAACUCAAAGAAGAAGCAGGCAUCGACGCGCCCCUUGAGCACGCAGGAUCAUUGCUGUUCAUGUCGAAAGGCGCUGGAUGGGCGUUCCAGAUCGAAAUAUUUUCCGCCCAUUCGUACUCAGGGACACCUACAGAGUCAGACGAAAUGCGACCCAAGUGGUUUUCAUUCGCGUCACCCGUGUCCGAUUCAGACGCAAUCGUGCCACCGAUCCCGUAUGAAAGUAUGUGGGAAGGUGAUGUUUACUGGCUGCCCCUCCUGGUGCAAGGACGAAAAUUCGUUGGCCGGGUUGAUUUUGUGACGCAAGGUGAUGGUUUGGUGAUGACGAGGCACUGGUUUGGCACUGUUGGUUCAGAUAACUAAUGGAUCUAUACCACUAUCUGCAAAGAGUAAGAAAUCGAAAGUGAAUUACAGCUACUCAUUAUCUUUAACAAAUACGAUGGGGA